GACGCGAGCGCCGGCCGGCAAACACAUCAGCUGAGACUCGCGAUCGAACAUGUGCCGUCAGUAGUAUAGCGAGAUUCAUACGUGCGUGCGACGGAUAUUCGAUUUUCGUCAUACCGCGCAAUUGAAGCACACACGCGAUAGAUUCGCAGUGUCGAUGCGGUGUUCCGUUGGACGAAGUGGAGAAGGAAAAAAGAAACGUCGAGGGAGACGCGCUUGUGGUGUGCCGUAGUGUUGCAACGAAUUACUCGGUCGGCAAGUUUUCUAGCAGACGCUCGCACACCACCGCUCGCUGCGGAACGACGCACAUCGAGAGACGGCUGCUGCAGUGUGGGAAAUCCCAUUGUAAAGUGUUAAAACAUCGAAGCGAUGAAGGGCGAGACGAUUUCGAACGGAGAGCUUUGGCAAACGGCCGAGGGCGUUUUGAAGAGGUUCGACAAAGACCAGGACGGCGGGCUGGACUUUGAGGAAUUCAAAGAACUGUGUCUAGAGCUCUUUGGCGCGGACGAAGUCGAACAACACGAGAGCAAGCUUCCCGACCUUUUCAACGCGCUCGACGCUGACGGCGAUGGGAUUCUUAAGGACGACGAGUGGGAAAGCUGCUUCAGCGAGUGGAUCAGAGUAGUUUUAAACCCGGUUAACGUCUUCUUAAUUGUCGACGUGCAGAACGAUUUCAUCGACGGUACUCUGGCGUUGAAAGAUCUGGGACUGGGACAGGACGGCUCGGAUGUCGUCGAGCCCAUUAAUCAAUUAAUCGAGGACUGCCCGUGGAACAAAGUCGUUUACUCGCUUGACUGGCAUCCGUCGAAUCACAUCGGAUUUUACGACAACCUGCAUUUGCGAGAACUUCAUCCUGAUUCUAAAGUAAAAAAAGAAGACGCGAAACUAUUCGAUACGGUUCUGUUUCUGAAACCCGAGCUCAAGCAAAAAUUGUGGCCUGUGCACUGCGUCGUCGACAGCUGGGGCGCGCAGUUACAUAAAGAUCUUAUUAUUGCACCGGAUUCCAUACAGAUUCGCAAAGGCCAGGACCCGGACAUGGACAGCUACUCGGCAUUUUACGACAAUGACGGCGUCAACACGACGGAGCUUCCGAAAAUCCUCCAGGAACUCGGCGCAACGGACAUCUACAUGUGCGGCCUGGCCUACGACGUCUGCGUUUGCUCGACUUGUUUGGACGGCUUACGACUCGGUUAUCGCGUGGCCCUUAUCGAAAACUGCUGCCGAGGAGUCGACCCGAACGAGGUCGAAGAGGCUCGACGCAAAAUCACGGAAAAAGGUGGACUGCCCCUUGCGACCGAAAACGUUAAGGAUCACGUCGUCGGGGAAAAACGAAGUCUCGUCAUGGCACUGCAAGGAGCCAAGAGUCUCGCUAAGCGGAGAGAAGCCGCGAGGGAGAAUAGCGAAGAGUGAGGUUGUCACUCUAGAGAAUAGCUGUACCGUCUGUAUUGUAUAUUAUAGUUACACAUAUCAGGUGAAUGGGCCGCAAGCCUAACAGUAAUUUUUGUUUCAAAGUUGGGACGAACAUUCCAUGACAAUUGACGAAUCUUUUGGUUGAGAGAAAUCAUUUUUUCUCCGGAUUUUUCGAAAUAAUCGCGCUCUACGUACUGCAAGCUUGCGAUCCCCUUCACAAGUAUUUUUGAGAAGAAUUUUUGCACGAUUUACACGCAUACACGGCGCGCAUUAGGAAAGUAAUUUAUUAUCUAAAGAUGAUUCCGCUGUACUUACAUCUGUGAUACGUAUUUCAUGUUAUGAAAGAAAUGGGAUAAUUCUGAAUUGCCUUCGUGAGGUAUGUACGGUUUAAUGCACGCGUUAAGCACUGAUGUCUAUAAUUCAAAGUGAAACUCGAAUUUUUACGGGUUUUCUAGUGCCUGUUCGAGCUUAAAUAUACUACACGUUAUGCUUACUGAGAAAUACUUUGGUAUAGUUUAACGGAUAUAUUCGAAAAUUGAAUUUCGAAUAGCUGAAGGAUAUAAUAUUAGUUGGGAAGAGUUAGGAUCUGAUAUUUGAAAAAGAAGAAUCAAUCAUUUGUUAAUGGUGCACUGAUCAUUUAUUACUGCCUGUUAGACCAACAAAUUGUCUUUUCAAUCAGAAAAAUUAAUACGGCAUCAAGCUGUGAUUACACAA